CGGUCUCCUUGACGAACAAACUGCUGACCGCACAAUGUCCUUCGGUUAGUUGUGUAUUCUGCGGUAUUUUCUUUUUCAAUUUACUACACUUUAACCAACAUUAUGCAGGACUUUACGUGGUCGGUUGACACUAUCGAUACGCUUCUAGCCGGAUAACUUUACUGAGGCAUCAGCGUUUUCCUAGUGAAAUUCAAGUUUUGCGUUAUUCAGAGACCACUGAGCUUCAACCAUGGUGCAGCAGUACCAGUCCCCGGUUCGGGUCUACAAUCAGCCGUUUGAGUUAAUAAUGGCGGCUUAUGCCAGACGGUUUCCAAAGUGCCCGCUGAUCCCUCUGUUCGUGGACAGUGAGAUCCUCAACCAAAGCGAAAGCAAAGACGGCUCUGUGGUGGUUACGGAGAGACGCUGCACAAUCGACAUUGAAGCCCCUCGACUUCUCAAACGAAUUGCGGGUGUAGAAUAUCUGUAUUUUAUUCAGAAGAACACGCUGAACCGCAGAGACAGGACGCUUCACAUCGAGGUCCACAACGAGACCUUUUCCAGCAGAGUCAUUGUGCGGGAGUGCUGCAGCUACAUGGCUCAUCCAGAGAAUCAGGACUGGACUUGCUUUGAACAGACAGCUAGCAUGGACAUGAAAUCCUUCUUUGGUUUUGAGAGCACAGCAGAGAGGAUUGCCAUGAAACAGUACGCUAGCAGCAUUAAAAAGGGUAAAGAAAUAAUUGAGUACUACCUCAGAGAGCUGGAGGGAGAAGGAGUAACUUACAUACCACGCUGGGUGCCCCCUGUUGAAGGAGGCCUCCUCUCUGCUGACAGAGCUGUCCCAGUGAGUGGUGCCAUUGAUGGGCUUCCUGCCAAAGACUUGGCCAAUCCCACAGAGCUAAUGGUCUGUCCAGCCGAUGACAAGUUGGAUGCAGACUACAUCAGACGUUACCUUGGUGAUUUAACGCCUCUGCAGGAGAGCUGUCUUAUCCGACUGCGCCAGUGGCUUCAGGAGACCCACAAGGGCAAGAUCCCGAAGGAUCAGCAUGUGCUGCGCUUCCUCAGGGCCAGAGACUUCAACAUGGACAAGGCCAGAGAGUUUUUGUGCCAGUCUUUAACCUGGAGGAAGCAGCACCAGGUGGAUUUCCUGUUGGACACGUGGGAGCAUCCACAUCUGCUUCAGGAUUACUACACUGGGGGGUGGCACCACCAUGACAGAGAUGGCCGUCCUCUGUAUGUUUUGCGUUUUGGUCAAAUGGACACAAAGGGCUUGGUGCGAGCUUUGGGAGAAGAGGUUCUGCUGAGAAAGGUGCUUUCUAUUAACGAGGAGGGUCUGAAGCGCUGCGAGGAAAACACCAGAGUCUUUGGUCGACCCAUCAGAUGCUGGACAUGCCUGGUGGAUCUGGAGGGUCUAAACAUGCGUCACCUCUGGAGACCAGGAGUUAAGGCCCUGCUGAGAAUCAUUGAGGUGGUUGAGGCUAACUACCCCGAGACUCUGGGCUGCUUGCUCAUAUUGCGUGCACCCAGGGUGUUUCCAGUUCUAUGGACCUUGAUCAGACCCCUGAUUCAUGAGAACACUCGUAAGAAGUUUCUUAUUUAUGCUGGGAGAGACUACCAGGGUCCCGGAGGCUUACUGGACUACAUAGACACAGACAUCGUUCCUGACUUUCUGGGAGGGGACUGUAUGUGCGACAUCCCUGAGGGCAUUGCAGUCCCCAAGUCUCUGUACAGGACCGCAGAGGAACUGGAGAACGAAGAAAACUGCCUUUUGUCUGACUCCAUCUAUAAGAGCGCCAGCAUCUUUAAAGGAGCUCCUUAUGAGGUGCUGAUCGAGAUCACAGAGGCCUCCUCUGUGAUCACCUGGGAUUUUGAUGUGUCUAAAGGAGAUGUGCUCUUCAACAUUUAUCAUUCUAAGAGGGCUCCUCAGCCUCCAAAGAAAGACUCCCUCGGAGCGCAUGGCAUCACCACCCUUGGGGCAGUGAAUGCUCAGCUGAUUGAUAAGAGCUGGGUGCUGGGAAAAGAUUACGGCAUGGUGGAAAAAGCACUAACCUGCAGAGAGGGAGAAAGUGUCCAGGGCUCCCACAUAACCUGUUGGCCUGGCUUCUACAUCCUUCAGUGGCGCUUCCAUAGCUCUGCAGCCUCUGCCACCUCCAGCCUGCCUCGGGUGGAUGAUGUUUUGGCCAACCUUCAAGUAUCCUCCCACAAGUGCAAGAUCAUGUAUUACACUGAGGUGCUGGGCUCCCAUGACUUCAGGGGCUCCAUGACUAGUCUGAAGUCUUGUCAGAGUGGCUUCUCGCAGCUCAGUGCAGCCACCACUUCCUCUAGCCAAUCCCGUGCCAGCUCAACCGUUUCAAGGGUCACUGAGGGGCAGGUGCUUAUCUCCAGCAGCCAUUGAACAGGGGUCUCAGGUCACCACAGAGACGCACAGGACAAACAGCAAUGUCUAAGGGCAUUUUAGAGAGAGAGACCCUAACAAUCAUGUUUUUGGACUGUCGGAGGAACCUGGAGUACCCCGAGAGAACCCAAACAUGCAUGGGGAGAGUUUGCAAACUCCAUGCAAAAACUUUUCAAUGAUGUUCUAAUUUAUUUAGAUGUACAAAUAACAUGUUAUAACACGUUAUUCUCCAAGUUACAGUGAAAACCUUAUUUCUGUCCACCACAGGUGUUCCAUGUAAGGAAGUUGGUUCUUAGUACCUGGAUAACUGUGUUUCUUUCAUCGGAGGUGUGAAAAGUGUUGUUUGAGGCAUCUAUGUUUGGUCCUCUCACCUGUCAAGCCUUACCACCCCUCAAUGAACACAGGCUUGACUUGCUGGGAGGCAGUGUUGUUGGCAGUAUUCCCAGUGAGGUGGGCAUGGACUGAAUAAAGAAUAGUUUAAUGGCGAGGAAGGAAAAACAGAAGAUUUAGAUUUUGGACAGCUUUGUUGCCCACUUGAUUGCCAGUCCCUUUUAUAGCCAUUCAAACUUUGAAGAAGAGUGACUGUGCUCAAGUGUAAUGCAACUUGUUUUAUGUUGGUGUUGUGUAAGACCCCUGUGCAGACUGUUUGGAGUCAGCUGCCAGUCACAUCCUGCAAAAUACACACGCAAGCUGCACAAAGUCAUGUGGAUAUGACACCCACGUGUGUGCACCGGGUUGGUGCACACACAUUGAAGGAUACUUACCAAUUCUUAAUUCAUUCAUUCAAAUUGUUCAUUUGUUUGUGCGUAAAAAGCUGAGGUGAGACAGGGCUUGGCGCCUAGGGAGGAGAAGAAGUCUUUCCAAACUUGUGAGAUACACUGGGGACCACAGUCUGAGAGGAUCUCGACUGGGAUACCAUGAAGUCUGAAUGCAUGAUGGAUGAGAAGUUUGGCAGUUUCUGCAGUGAAUGAAAAUUUGAAAAGAGUGAUGAGAUGGCAAGCCUUGAAGAACCGGCCGAUGAUGACGAGAAUAAGAGAUUUAUUUUUGGAGAUGGGGAGACCAGUGACUGUAUCUAGGGCAAUGUGGGGAUGGAAGAAAGGUUGGAGGAGAUCAUAUGGAGGACAACGAGAGCUCUUAUUCUUAGCACAGAUUGUGCAAGCAGAUAAUGUAGUCUUGCACAUCUUUGUUAAGUGAUGGCCAUCAGAAGUAGCGACGGAGAAGACCAACAUUAAAGUUGUGGCAGGAGAAACGUGAAGUAGGGUCCCAAUGGAUGACUUUAGAAUGGAUGGAUGAUGGAAUGUAGAGACGACCGGGAACUGGUUCAUUCUGGAGGGCUUGUUAAACUUGAUUCUCCAGAUAGUGCAUGACUGAAGAAGAAUGAUUUCUGAUUCACCUGUGGUUUCGUUAUCAGAGAACUGUCUGGAGAGGGCAUUAGGCUUUAUAGUAUGGGAACCAGGGUGGUGGGCAAUAGUAAAGUUGAAAUGGGAGAAGAAUAAUGACCAAUGUGACUGUUGAGGGUAGAGGUGUUUCGCUGACUGCAGGUAAGCAAAGUUCUUGUGAUCCAACCAAACAAUAACUGGUAGUUCUGUACCCUUCAGCCAGUGUCUCAAUUCCUCAAGUGCCAACUUGAUCACCAUUAGGGGGUUCAACAGGUUUUUUACCAAAAACCUGCUGAAGGUCAUGAUAUUCGGAAGGAACACCUGAGAGAUCAGGAAGUGAAACGGCCUUAGGAGGCACGGGGAGAACUGAUGGAACAGCUGAGAGUAAGCGGGUGGAUGAACAAUGGGGACUCCAAGAUUCAAUGACUGAUUCAGACCAGUUUAUAUAGGGGUUGUGUAGUUUGAACCAAGGAUGACCUAACACGACUGGGGUGUCUUUGGUGGGGAAAACAAAGAAAAUGAUUUUCUCCUGAUGAGUUCCUGACUCAAUAAAGGUGUAGUGGUUUGGU